UCUUCUCCGCCUCCUCUUUCCGUAUUUCCGCCCCCAAAUGCUUUCUUAGCAUCUUUUCGAAACUCUAACUUGCCCAUCAAUGCCGGGUGGAACCCUAGUGCCCCUUAAUCUUCUCCUCCAAGAGUUGCUGCGCUUGACAACCCUGUAGCAGAACACCGCAUCUUGAUGGGGAGAGCGUUAGCCUGUCUCUUAGCCGUUGUGGCGGCAGCAGCGAUCGUCGUCGCAGCGGCGCAGACCCAAGCUGACGAUGCAGCGGCAAUGCACGCUGUAGCGCGAGCGUUAGGAGCUAACAUCGCUCUCAAGUGGUCGCCGGAUACUGAUCCCUGCUCCUCCUGGCACCGCGUUCUCUGCAGCAGCAGCCGGGUGACCGCCAUCCAGAUCGGAAACCAGAGCCUCGCUGGCACCCUACCUCCGGAGAUUGUAAAUCUAACUGCUCUCACUCGACUUGAGCUCCAGAAUAACAGGAUCUCCGGGGAUCUUCCCUCCUUUAACGGCCUCUCCUCCCUGCAAGUCUUGCUUCUUCAUGAUAACCUCUUCUCCUCCAUCCCCUCCGAUUUCUUCUCCGGCCUUAACUCCCUCACAGUCGUGUCCCUUGACAAUAACCCGUUUAAACCAUGGCAGAUUCCGGCGUCGCUAAGCGACGCCGGUGGUCUCGUGAACUUCUCGGCCAACUCCGCUAAUGUCUCGGGAUCCAUCCCCGACUUCUUGGAAACUUCUUUUCCAAGCCUAAACUGCCUCGCGCUUGCCUUUAACCUUCUUUCUGGUCAGUUACCCGCCGCGUUCGCUGGUUCCGGCAUUCGCUCACUCUGGCUCAACAACCAGGUCGGCGGAAACUCCCUCUCCGGCGGCAUCUCCGUUGUAAAGAAUAUGACCGCUUUGGAGCAGCUUUGGCUUCACUCCAACUCCUUCUCUGGCCCGCUUCCUGACUUCUCCGGGUUGGUAGGCCUCCGGGAUCUCAAUCUUCGAGACAACAAGCUCACUGGCCCCGUGCCGAGCUCUCUCACGUCGUUGAAAUCCCUCACAAGGGUUGCUCUCACUAAUAAUCUUUUCCAAGGGCCUAUGCCAGAGUUCUCCGACUCCGUGAAGGAGCUAGACCUUGACCCUAAAACGGAGACCUUUUGUUCAGAAAAGACGGGAGCUUCCUGCGAUGCUCGUGUAGAUAUUCUGCUUGACAUUGCUAAAUCUUUAGACUACCCGGCACUAUUCGCAGAGAACUGGAAGGGGAACGACCCCUGCGGCGGCGAAUGGCUGGGAGUUACUUGCGACGGUAAGGGAAAUAUUACGGUCAUCAACUUUCAAAAGAUGGGUUUGAACGGCACCAUCUCGCCCGACUUUGCGAUGCUUCCGGCUCUGCAGAAGCUUUUGCUCUCUAACAACAAUCUUAUUGGCACUAUCCCGUCAACGCUGACUGGCCUGGCUAAUCUCUCUGAGUUGGACGUUUCGAACAACUCAAUCUCUGGUAAAGUUCCGAGCUUUUCAAACCAUGUUCUUUUGAAAACCCAAGGGAACCCAAACAUAGGCAGCAAUGUUCUUACUCCGGUUUCCGGGCCUCCUGGAGUUGCCCUAAAUGGUUCUGUCCCCACUGGUUCAGAGAGCGGCGAACUUCCUGGUGGCAAAGGGAAGGCUACCUCCAUUCCUGUGGGCAUUAUUGUAGGCUCUGUUCUCUCUGCGAUUUGUGUAAUUUCCCUCGUCACCUUCAUGGCUGUAUGUUAUUACAAGAGAAAACAGCAAAAUUUUAACCGAGUUCAGAGUCCAAAUACCACUGUGAUCCAAACCAGACAAUCUGGCUCGGACCCAGAUUUGGUGAAGAUUACAGUGGCAGGAUCUAGUGUCAAUACAGGUGCAGUAAGUGAGAAUUAUAGUCAGGCGAGCAGCGGACCUAGUGAUGUCCAUGUUGUUGAAGCUGGGAAUUUGAUGAUUUCCAUCCAAGUCCUGAGGAAUGUGACCAACAACUUCAGUGAAGAAAACAUCCUAGGACGAGGAGGUUUUGGUACUGUGUACAAGGGUGAGCUGCAUGAUGGCACUAAGAUAGCCGUCAAAAGAAUGGAAUCUGGUGUGAUGGGCACAAAGGGUUUGAAUGAAUUCAAGUCCGAGAUUGCAGUUCUUACCAAAGUUAGGCAUCGUAAUCUGGUUUCACUGCUUGGGUAUUGUUUGGAUGGGACUGAGAGGCUCCUGGUGUAUGAGUACAUGCCACAGGGAACUUUGAGCCGUCACUUAUUUGAUUGGAGAAAAGAGGGUUUGAAGUCGUUAGAGUGGAUGAAGAGGUUGAGCAUUGCUUUGGAUGUAGCAAGGGGGGUGGAAUAUCUUCACAGCCUUGCUCAUCAGAGCUUUAUUCAUAGAGAUUUGAAGCCCUCAAACAUUCUUCUUGGAGAUGAUAUGAAGGCUAAGGUUGCAGACUUCGGGCUUGUCAGGCUGGCAGAUGGCAAAGGAUGCUCUGUGGAGACGCGACUUGCGGGAACUUUUGGGUACCUUGCGCCAGAGUAUGCUGUGACCGGGCGUGUUACAACGAAGGCUGAUGUCUUCAGUUUUGGCGUGAUACUGAUGGAGCUGAUCAGCGGCCGGAAGGCACUUGAUGAGACUCAGCCAGAGGAAAGCGUGCACCUAGUCACAUGGUUCCGCCGCAUGCAGCUCAACAAGGAGAGCUUCCGCAAGGCCAUCGACCCUAUAAUAGAUCUCGAAGAUGAAACCAUCGCAAGCAUCAACACCGUUGCUGAGCUUGCCGGCCACUGCUGCGCUCGCGAGCCCCACCAAAGGCCUGACAUGGGGCAUGCUGUCAACGUUCUGUCCACACUCACCGAGCUGUGGAAACCUUCUGAUCCCGACUCCGACGAUAGCUACGGCAUCGACUUGGACAUGACGCUGCCCCAGGCGCUGAAGAAGUGGCAGGCGUUUGAGGAUGGAGAUGGAUCAACGUCGUUCCUCGCCAGCCUAGAUAACACCCAGAACAGCAUACCCACAAGACCGGCUGGAUUUGCGGAGUCCUUUACAUCGGCUGAUGGAAGGUAGAAUUCCGGUAAGUGUGAGUAGGUUGGUAUUGUUCAUUCUAGUUUUCUUUUGAAAUAUUUGUUGAUCUUUUGGUUGGUUUUCUUGCUAAGUUAUCUGCUCUUCUCAGUGUGUUAUGAUAAUUAGCUGUGCUUCUUAAUGGAACCAUGAAAACGAAUUAAUGUUUUUCUGUCUUUGUAAUGUGUGUUUUUAGUGUGUGAUAGUUGCAGAA